AUGGAGCGCUUUAGGCAUCUUCUUGGAGGCGGCGGUCUCGGUGGCGGCCCUGCGCCUGGCCAGGACAAUUCGAGCCUCAUCGAUAACUCCGAGACAGUCUACAUUUCCUCUCUAGCUCUUCUCAAGAUGCUUCGACACGGCCGAGCUGGUGUGCCCAUGGAAGUCAUGGGCCUGAUGCUGGGCGAAUUUGUGGACGACUUCACGGUCAAGGUCAUGGAUGUUUUCGCGAUGCCGCAGAGUGGUACCGGUGUCAGUGUAGAGGCUGUCGACCCGGUGUUCCAGACAAAGAUGAUGGACAUGUUGAGGCAAACAGGCCGGCCUGAGUCUGUGGUAGGCUGGUAUCACUCGCAUCCUGGUUUCGGAUGCUGGCUUUCGUCGGUCGAUAUCAACACACAACAGUCAUUCGAGCAGCUCAACCCCCGAGCUGUCGCUGUGGUCGUGGACCCCAUUCAGUCGGUCAAAGGCAAGGUCGUCAUCGACGCAUUCCGCUUGAUCAACCCACAACUCUUGAUGAUGGGACAGGAGCCCCGUCAGAGCACGAGCAAUCUCGGGCACCUGAACAAGCCAUCGAUCCAAGCUCUGAUCCAUGGACUCAACCGGCACUACUACUCGAUUGGCAUCCAAUACCGCAAAACAGGCCUGGAGGAGAAUAUGUUGAUGAACUUGCACAAGCAUGUCUGGACCGAGGCUCUUGAGAUGAACGACUUCAAGGCGGAAGGCACCAAGAACAAGGACCGACUGAAGCAGCUGGUGGACUUGGCCGAUGGCUACGAGAAGCGAGUCAAGGAGGAAACGGAGUUAACGAAGGAGCAGCUUAAGACGCGCUACGUCGGCAAGCUGGACCCCAAGAAGCAUCUCGAGGACGUUGGGCGCGAGCUCAUCGAGGACAACAUCGUUGCGGUGUCGCGGCAAAUGAUCGACAAGGAGGCCGCUGUGCCCAAGAAAGACGGUCGAACGGGCAUGAACAACGGCGUCGUGGAGGAGAUGGAUGUGGAGGAGGACUUAUGA